CCUAACCUAUAAAAACAAAAUGUCAUAAUAGACCACGUACCCCAAAACAUAGUCAAUGCAAACGCACUAGCUUUUCACUGAAACCUAGUUCCUAAAUUAUUCGUGAAAAUGUACCACCUUAGAACUCUUACCACUUGUAUUUUACUAGUGUUGUUCGUGUCCAGCGCCUCGCCGCACGGCCAUACCCACGACCAUCACGGCCACAGCCACGACGAGGCCCCCUCGUUUAAAUACUCCCGUGCCGCAAACGAAAAAUUCCAACAGCAUCACCACCACCACCACAAUGAGCAUGAGCAUCAUGAACCGAAAGCACCACCACCACCACCAACAAUUAACACUCAGGAGCUGUGGCUGCACGCCAUGGGUUCAACGUUACUGAUAAGCGCAGCCCCAUUCUUCAUAUUGUUUCUGGUGCCCCUGCAAAACGCGGACCAACAGCAGCCCCUAAUGAAAGUGUUACUAGCAUUUGCAUCUGGAGGUUUGUUGGGCGACGCAUUCCUGCAUUUAAUUCCGCACGCCACGACUGCCGUGGGGGGCGGACACUCGCAUUCGCAUUCUCACAGCCACGACCACGAGGACGGUGAACAUGCCCAUGAUAUGUCUGUAGGACUGUGGGUUUUGGCAGGUAUCGUUGCCUUUUUGAUGGUGGAAAAGAGUGUAAGGAUCAUCAAAGGCGGUCACGGACACAGUCACGGCAAAAAAACGGAGCAAAAGCCCAAGGACAGCAAAAAGAGCGACAAGAAAAACGACAAAUCCAAAGCUGAACCCAAAAAGGAACUGAAGGUUGCUGGGUACUUGAACCUUGCAGCUGAUUUCAGUCAUAACUUUACUGAUGGGUUGGCCAUUGGGUCAUCAUACUUGGCUGGAAACACCAUAGGCAUUGUCACAACAAUAACUAUCCUCAUACACGAAGUGCCACAUGAAAUUGGAGACUUUGCCAUUCUGCUACAAUCAGGCGUGUCUCGUAAAAACGCCAUGUUACUGCAGUUAACAACUGCCCUUGGUGCACUGGCUGGGACAGCCCUUUCACUGAUGGCUAAUAACAGUGAGGGACUCGCAACAUCAUGGAUUUUGCCCUUCACAGCCGGUGGAUUUAUUUACAUAGCACUAGUGUCAGUCAUUCCUGAAUUAUUAGAUGAAGAAAAGCCAAGCAUAAUACAAACUGUGUUACAAAUUGUAGCUAUGCUAGCUGGUGUAUUCAUGAUGGUUAUAAUUGCGGAAUUUGAAUGAUGUACUUACAUAAAUACAAGUUUAAGUAACAGACAAUUUUAUUUAUACAUAAUGCAUUAUUACAACAAUUAUGUGAACUUUAAUAUGGUAGAAUUUGUUAAAUAAAAUUUUAUUUUCCUAA